AUGCAGCUCUUGACCACCCUCACGACCUGCCUGCUAGCCAGCAGUGCAGUAGCAAGGACAACGAAACAUGUCCGCAAAGCAAAUCCGCUGCCCGAGAACCCUCGCAUCAAGGCAAGACAAGCCAUUGCCGACCUACCCACAGCACCAGGCUAUGGCGGCUCUUCCUACAAUACGACCAUCAUCCCGCAAACCAAUGCCACAAUGAAGUAUGCGGUCAAUGGCUCCGCGAUCCCGGAUGUCGAUUUUGACGUUGGUGAGAGCUAUGCCGGUUUGAUGCCGAUCUCGAACCAGGCGAAUACAAGUGAGCUGUACUUCUGGUUCUUCCCGUCCGAGAACCCCAUGGCUGGCGAUGAGAUUCUCAUCUGGCUGAACGGCGGACCGGAGUGCAGUAGUUUGGAAGGAUUGCUGCAGGAGAACGGACCGUUCUUAUGGCAAUAUGGAACAUACAAACCAGUCAAAAACCCCUACACCUGGGUGAACCUCACAAACGUCGUCUGGGUCGAGCAACCCGCAGGCACAGGUUUCAGCCAACAGAAUGGCGUCCCACCCGCCACCAACGAAAUCGAAGUCGCCGCGCAAUUCCUAGGCUUCUGGAAGAACUUCGUCGACACCUUCGGUCUGCAGAACAAGAAGGUCUACAUCACCGGCGAAUCCUACGCCGGGUACUACGUCCCCUACAUCGCGGACGCCAUGCACAAUGCCUCAGACACUUGCUAUUACGAUGUGAGAAGUAUCCUCUUCUACGACCCCUCGACUUCCUACGGCGUAGUCCAAGACGACAUCCCCUCGGUCCCAUUCGUAGACUACUGGUCUUCGCUCUUCUCCCUCAACCAAACCUUCAUGGACGACAUCCACACCCGCGCCGACGCCUGCGGCUACACCUCGUUCAUAGAAACCGCCAUGCAAUUCCCUCCCAACGGCACCCUCCCCACCCCACCAAAUGUGAACCACGACAUGCCAGGCUGCAGCAUCUACAACGACAUCCAGAACGCCGCCUUACUCGUCAACCCCUGCUGGGACGUCUACCAAGUCGCGACAACCUGCCCCUUACUCUGGGACGUCCUAGGUUUCCCCGGUUCAAUCCCCUACCUCCCCGACGGCGCAACAAUCUACUUCAACCGCAGCGACGUCCAAGCCGCCAUCAACGCCCCCAUGGGCGAAUGGGAAGAAUGCUCCGGCGGCGUGCUGGACACCGACACCUCCCCUCCCUCCGGCCUCUCCGUCUUACCGCGGGUAAUAGAAAAGAACGAAAAAACAAUCAUCGGCCACGGAAUGCUAGACAUGAUCCUAAUCAUGAACGGCACGAUCAUGAUGAUCCAAAACAUGACCUGGAACGGCGCCCAGGGCUUCUCCACCCCUCCCUCCACCUGGAACAAUUUCUACGUCCCGUAUCAUGAGGAAUUGAGUCUGAGUUCGCUUGCGGGAAGUGGGGAUUUCGGGAUCUGGCAUGAGGAGCGCGGACUCACGUUCUGCACGAUUGAUUUGGCCGGGCAUAUGAUUCCGCAGUAUGCGCCUGCGGCGGCGUAUAGGCAGGUGGAGUAUUUGCUUGGCCGGAUCGAUAAUUUGGGGGAGAAGUCUGAUUUUACUACUCAGUCUGGCGACUUUGGAAACAAUUUCACUUUCGUCACGGCGAAUGUGAGUAAUUCGAGCCCCGUGUCGUCGUCCAAUAGCUCGAUGAAGUUCUUGCCAGCUAUGUAG